GAGAAGCGAAGAGAACGCUGAGGACUAACAGAAGCUUAAGGAACAGUGGGCAGGAUGUUGGUCACCAUGCUAACAACCAUGUACAUGGUGGUCAGAGUCAUAGAAUCGAUAGGAGUACGGUUUGUACGGCAACAGGAACCUUUACCUUAUAUGGUGUCACAGCCUUUGCCUUGGCAGGUUCACUCAGUGUCCCACAGUCGGAGGAGGAGCAGCAAAGCAGAUGAGUUCGAUGGCUUCAGGAGGAACAGCAUAGGCGUGCACAGAAAGAACUUUGUCUCCAUGGCUAUUGCCUCGACCUCUCUGGCUGUGCCCUGUGUCCUGUCGUGCUCAGACUCCAAUGCCAGCAAUGGGACGUGCACUCCUUCCCCCGCUCGUCCACUCGGCCCCGUGCCAGUUGAGAAGGCCGCUGCAACCAUCCAAACCCAUUUCAGGAAGUUCCAAGAGAAGAAACAGAAGAAUGGCAAGUAGACAAACAGAGAGGGAUGAUGGUGGUACAGGUAGAGGUACAGCGAGCCCGAGAGACAAGAGACAGCCGGGGGACUCUGCAAGGACAUGCACAAUCCUACAUGUCCACAAAAUGCACAUAGAUCCACAACUGUAAAUAAACAAAGAAAAGUGGAUUAGUGACAGAAACUUCAGUAAUAUCUUGGAUCUCAUGCAGCUGCUCAAACAGCUCAUAUUAAGGAUUAAAAAAUUCUAUGUUGAAUAUGUACAACUGUGAUA